UACUUCGAAGCGCGCGGGAGGUGAUCAAAGCGAGGCGAGCCGAGGACAAGACGCGACCAAACGCCGUUCAGACUGCUGGCUGCAUGAGGCGCACCAUCGCGUCCACCCCCCGGUUCGCUUGCCAAGCCCGGCUCUUCUCUUCCAGCUGGCCAGUAGCAUCUGGGAGCAGAGUUCCCGCAAAGGUUAAGUGGACGGGGACUUUGGAACUGACGAGCCGACGAAAGCAAGCCGAGCGCGGCAGCGCCCUCUCCAAGAGCCCCGGCGGGAUUUGCUCCUAUCCCGGAUCGCCCGGGGCCGAGAAGAAGAACGAGGGUUGCUUCGAGGGCUACCUGGCACAAUGGUGACACUGAGCCCCGUCGAUUCGGCGCACCUCGCGCUGAGCGCCAACGGCAGUGACAGACAGAACCCGGACAAUUCCACCGCGUCUGAAGAAGGCUGGGUGGUGGGCAUGUCCAUUCUCAUGUCGUUGAUCGUGCUGGCGAUUCUCUUUGGCAACGUGUUGGUGAUCACGGCCAUCGCCAAAUUCCAGAGGCUGCAGACGGUAACUAACUAUUUUAUCACUUCUUUGGCAUGCGCGGAUCUCCUGAUGGGCCUGGGAGUGGUCCCUUUCGGAGCCAGCUACAUCAUCCAGCGCACCUGGGAGUUUGGGGAUUUCUGGUGUGAGUUUUGGAUCUCAAUUGACAUCCUCUGUGUGACAGCCAGCAUCGAGACACUGUGUGUCAUUGCUGUGGACAGGUACUUUGCCAUCACUUCUCCUUUCAAGUAUCAGAGCCUUUUGACCAAAAAUAAAGCCAGGAUGGUCAUCCUCUUGGUUUGGAUCAUUUCAAUCUUGACUUCCUUCUUACCUAUCCAGAUGAAGUGGUACAGAGUCAAUGAGACGGAUGCCGAGGAUUGCUAUUCAAACGAAGGCUGCUGCGACUUCUUCAUCAACCAGGAGUAUGCUAUCACUUCCUCGGUCAUCUCCUUCUAUGUACCUUUGGUGGUCAUGGUUUUUGUCUACGCCAGAGUCUUCCAGGUCGCUAAGAAGCAGCUUAAAAAAAUAGACAAAUGUGAAGGACGAUUCCACCAGCAAAAUUCCAGCCAGGAGCGAAACGCGGGAAAAGGAAACCAUAGGAAAGCAUCCAAGUUUUGCUUGAAAGAGCACAAAGCUCUCAAAACUCUGGGCAUCAUCAUGGGCACUUUCACUCUGUGUUGGCUCCCAUUUUUCAUUGUCCACAUUGUGCGUGCUAUUCAAGAAAACUUGAUUUCCAAAAAUGUGUAUAUCUUCUUGAACUGGGUGGGAUAUGCCAAUUCUGCUUUCAACCCUUUAAUUUACUGCCGAAGCCCAGACUUCAGGUAUGCUUUCCAGGAGAUCCUCUGUUUCCGGAGGUCGGCCUUGAAAAUGUACGCCAACGGAUAUUCCAAUAGCAAUGGGAAAAGUGACUGCAAUGGGGAUCAAAAUGACUAUCCUGCAAGUGAACACAAGGCUGACCAAUGGCUGUGUGAAGAAGGAAGUCCCCCUACUGGGGAAGAGUUUGUGCAUUGCAAAGGUACUGUGUUGCAUGGUAGCAUUAAGUCCCACCAGACUGAGCAUAGCAGAAAUGUCCACCUGUUGUCAUGAUUGUUGUGGCUGUCAGAGGGCCAGAGCAAGGAUUAUUAGCCUAUAGUGACUAUAGCCAUGGCUCUUGGUGAGCAAAUCUUUACCUCAAGUGUGGGAAGAGUCUUGUGUUGUUUUUUUUAUUCAUGGGCUACAGAAAUAUUUAAGGAAAGGCAUAUUGGAUUUGAAUAUGAGAGCCUCCUACUCCAAAGGAAGUGGGUUUUUUUUUCACUUUUAUUUUUGUUAUGUAUUACAAUACUCAACUACCUCUUAGCACAACAAUGAUAUUGAAUGUAUCCGCUGCUCCUAGAGGGAAAUUCCUGAAGUCAAGCAGGAAUUGAGUGAUAUUGGCAGUUUUUAUCUGCCGAUGAGGCAAGAAGUUGGAUGGGUUGUACAGUUUUUAGGAAUCAUGCGAAGUCAAAUGUUUACUUUUUUGUAUUGUCCAUAUUAGUAAUGAGAUUCUGCUUUGCUGCAGCUGACUCCAAGUUUCUUAUACUUAGAAAGUAUACUGUUAAGGAACAGUUCCCGUAUCAUCUCAAUUAAUCUUGAUUAACUUCCUCAUAUUUGGAUAAGCAUCGUAUCUUUUAAUAUCAUCAUGUCAGAGUGUAAAGUUUUCUCUAGUAUUGCUUCAUUCUUUGUUGUCUAAUGACAGUUUUCUUCAAAUCUUAGGUGUUCAGGAGGUUACAAAAUUAUGCCUAAUUUUGUUAGGCAUAGCUAAUCCAGCCUCGCUAUCCAUUCAUUACAUUAAAUAUCUACAAUUCAUGAUUGUAGAUAUCCAAAAAAUAUCUCAUAGAUUUAAGUCUGCUUAAAAUCUUAUUGUGAUUCAACAACUCAUUAAUAAGAAUUUUUUUUUUUACUAAGUUGCUGGCAU